CGCACAGAAAACCAUCAACAUCGACGGACAUGUGAUAACUAAACACCGCAGCAAUCCAGCGGACCCGGGUGAUCUAGACUUCUCCGCGGAAGAACUAAGUACCGUACUACACGCACUCUACAAACACAUUGAGGGGCGCUACAACUUCCCACUGCAGACGAAGGUGAAGAAAGUGAAAGCAACCGAUGACACGGCAAACACCAGAGCGGCAGAGAGCAUCACAUGCGACGUAAGGAAGCGCACAUAUGUCGACAUCUCUAAGUACACAUGUACGGCGCCAGAGGCUCGGGACGCUCUCUGCGCAGCAGCUGUGAAUGCUUCACGGACGUGCUGGUGUUGUCUGUUGCCAAGGAACAAGGUUGCUAGGCAACCGCGCAAGCUGAUGGAAUGUAGUGGAGGCAUACCCAAAAGAAGUAAACGAAGGCGGUUAACGGACGCAUCAGCCGUCAACGACUUGUCUGCAGACGACAUCGCAGCGGUCCUCAGCGCACUGAAUGCAGUGGUGGACUCCGCUCAUUACUUCGCUGUACAUCGUACCAGCCCUUACACUAGCGCAAGGACCCCUACAAAGACCCCUAUAAAGACGCCCAAGAAGGCCCCUACAGUGUCUGGCGGCGCGGUAUCGUACACAGACGCUCUGGCUGCUAUGCUUCAGACGGUGCAGAAGGAGGUAGAGCCCACAGUGGCUGAGACGACCACCCAGCACACUGAGGACACAACGAAGUACUCAGAUACGAGGCCAUCCCAUAAGCAGGGUAGGGGAAUGCAGGCGCACAUGGGUAAAUCAGCCCCCCUCGUGUCCUAUUGGAUACGUAUAUUUACGCAAUCUAAGGGUGCUGUAGACAUGGACAAUGCAUGGGCAAAUAUGGCGGUGCGGCAGGAGCAGAUACCUCAGCCAACCAAGGCGCUGGAAUACUCGCCGUCACAGGCAUCGGACAGGCAGCAGAAACUCAAGGACGCUUCUGUGAGUGGAUCGCUUGUUGUGAGCAACGCAGCUGAAUGGAGGAGCGCUACAAACCACUCUAGGGAUAUCAGUGAGGCGGUCCAACACGUGGAGACUACGUUCAUAGCCAAAGCGCCACUGUCCAGACAUCCGCUGAUCGAUGUCGCACGCUCAUUCCGCACCUGACAAGUACAUGACUCAAUAUAUUGCUCCGGCAAUAGAGACUUAGUACUCUGGUCUACUUUUCGUCCGGAGUUUUGAAUCAGUCGGGGAUCGAAUGCCCAGACAAAGUUUUCAGGUAGUGUGUCGGAUAUGGACAUCGCUUUUUGCUUUCUUAUUGAAGUGCUUUCGAUGGCAAAUUCCUUCAACCCAGGACUCACACAAACAAUGUCAUUGCAAGAUCAAGUUAGCAAACGCUUUCGAUGGCAAAUUUCUUUAACCCAAAACUCUCACAAACAAUGUCAUUGCAAGAUAAAUUUAGCCAAUUUGGCCUCUUGUUGAGAAGUAUCAACCACGCACCAUAAUGAGUACAAGCAUGUGCGACAGACUCGCUAAAAUACAAAAAAAAUUGGGCCCCAGUGUGCACUGACUUAGAAGCACUAAUAUAGCUUGUAUAUGUUAUUUGGGUGGGUAUACGUGUAUACGGCUGUUGUAUCCAGCUUGCUAUAAACACAGCUAUGCUACCGACCAUCUUUGGCCUUCAACACGCAGCACUUUUUAAAAUACACAUUAAUCGACAUUCUUUUUCCUGUGGAGACACGAGUAUGAGUCGUCAGGAAUGUUUAUUUUUGACUGUUAAAAAAUAAAUAAGUGAAGUGUAUUAUACCUGUCGGUGUCUUAUCAUUGAUCAGGUGUCCAAUGUCCA